CAUCCACGGAUUGAGCGACAAAGCAGGAAGUAGGCAGCAAAUAGCACGGUAGCGAUGCACACGCAUCACACCUCGUACUUUGAGAAGUUUUUUUUAAACACAUUUCAGCCACUCAUUUUUAGUACAUAUGAGUUUGUCAAAGCUUGAGCUGUGUUGAUAAAUGUAUACGUGUUUGUUUUCAUCGUAAAGACAUGUUAAAUGCAAGCGCAGAUAACUUUCUCCAUCACUGUACGUCAUGAAACAGAUCGGCAACCUUUUCUGAAACGUAACGCCGCACGCACUCUGUCGCAAUGCAGUUAACGUCUUCCUCCAACGGUUUACGUUAGUCAUCGCAAUGAGGGACAAGACUGCGGGGUUUCGUGUUACUUUCUACUUGAAUGUGUCUAUUACAGACUGACAUCUAUCGUGUUGAAGGAUGGAUCCUGUCGUCUUGAGCUUCCAGGACAGCCUGUUGCGGCGCUCUGAUGUGUCCUUACUCGAGGGACCUUAUUGGCUCAAUGACCAAGUCAUUGGUUUUGCUUUUGAAUAUUUCGCUGCUAAACGCUUCGGAGUCCUGGGAGACACCAUCACCUUCAUCAGCCCAGAGGUCACCCAGUUCAUCAAGUGUGCUUCCUGCCCUGAUGAGUUAGCCCUUUUUCUGGAGCCACUGGAUCUCGCUGCUCGUCACUGGGUCUUUCUCGCUGUUAACGACAACUCUAAUCAGACUGCUGGAGGGUCCCACUGGAGCCUCUUGGUCUAUCAUCACAAGUCCAACCACUUUUCCCAUUAUGACUCUCAAAACGGCAGCAAUUCUCUGCAUGCACGGCGUAUCGCGAGCAAGCUCGAGCCUUUUCUGGGUGCAGGGAGAAAGGCUGUGUUUGUGGAGGAGCCCUGCCCGUCGCAGAAGAACAGUUAUGACUGUGGGAUGUAUGUUAUCUGUAUCGCCGAGGCCUUAUGUGAGAAGGUUACAGUGGAGGGCUCGCCACGCCUUCCUGUGCAGAUCAUCACUCCGGCCUACAUCACCCAGAAGAGGACUGAAUGGUGCAGACUGAUCCAGAGUCUGGCUCAGACUGAUCUCUGCUGCGCUCUGUCUUUUCCUUAGCACGUUGAUAUCUCCUCUUUUUAUGCAGUACAUAUCUACUCCUGAAGCAUCUGAAUGCACUCGUUGUACACAACAUAACUAUACUGGAUGAAGUUUAUUUCUAUUACAGCCGACUGCAAAACAUUAAAAGUUUGAAAAGAUAAAGCAAUGUGGAAUCU